AUGCCAACAGUGAGAAGAGUGAAGCUGGGCUCACAAGGUCUGGAGGUAUCAGCUCAAGGACUGGGUUGCAUGGGCAUGUCCUCCUUCUACGGCCCUCCUAAGCCCGAAGCCGACAUGAUCACUCUCAUCCACAAUGCCAUCGACAGUGGCAUUACCUUCUUCGACACUGCCGAUGUCUACGGCCCUCACACCAAUGAAGUUCUCCUUGGCAAGGCUUUGAAGGGAGGGAGGAGAGAGAAGAUGCAGGUGGCUACUAAAUUCGGGAUCGGGUGGAAGGAGGGGAAGAUGGAAGUGCAUGGUGAUCCGGCGUAUGUACGGGUGGCCUGCGAUGCUAGCUUGAAACGGCUUGACAUUGAUUGCAUAGAUCUCUAUUACGCCCAUCGAAUUGACACUCGUGUGCCCAUAGAAGUCACGAUGAAUGAACUUAAGAAGCUGGUUGAAGUGGGUAAAAUAAAAUAUAUUGGUCUAUCGGAGGCCUCUGCCACAACAAUUAGAAGAGCUCAUGCUGUUUAUCCUAUAUCAGCCAUUCAGCUGGAGUUGUCCUUGUGGACAAGAGAUGUGGAGGAAGAAAUAAUUCCUACCUGCAGAGAACUCGGCAUUGGCAUUGUUGUAUACAGUCCUCUAGGACAAGGAUUCUUCUCCUCAGGUCCCAAGGUUGUUGAGAACUUGUCUAAGGAUGAUUUCCGAAAGCUUCUUCCACGGUUCCAACCUGGAAAUCUCGAGCAUAAUGGAAACGUAUUUGAUCGAAUAAACGAAAUGGCAGCAAGAAGGUCAUGCACACCAUCACAGCUAGCUCUGGCAUGGAUCCAUCAUCAAGGCAACGACGUAUGCCCGAUUCCAGGCACGACGAAGAUCGAAAACCUCAUCAAGAACAUUGGAGCUUUAUCAGUAAAGCUAACACCUGAAGAAAUGGCUGAACUUGAAUCCAUUGCUUCAGCGGAUGCCUUUAAGGGUGACAGAUAUGGAGGCAUGUCGGCUACAUGGAAGGAUUCUGAGACUCCACUCUUGUCUUCAUGGACUGCUAAGUAA